AGACUUUAUGGGAUUAUUAUUAAUAAUAGGCUAUGUGUCGUGUUUUUAAUAUAUAACCUGAUGUUUGUGUCUCUGGUUGUGCCUCGUUGGGUGUUUUGGUUUCUUUUGCAGGCAGGCUGCAUGGAGGCUUUAACACACGCUAUCAUGCUGAACCGUUAUGAUCAUGCCGCAUAAUAUCAAUGUGACGCGAUGAGAAGCAGCUUUUAAACUCAUAUCGAUCAGCUAUGAGCAUGUGGUUUCAUAAUCGCAUAAUCGUGUGUAGCCUAUGUCUGUCUGUGUGUUUAUGAAUGUGUGUGUUUUGGCUGUUGGAUUUGUAUUUUGUUAUGUAUUAUGCUGUAAUGUAGCCUACUAUUGUUUUUUUCUUGUUGUUGUCUCCUUGCUAUACCAACGAAUAUGUGAUGACUUCAUUUUUCAGGCGAAAAUGUCGAAUAUCUUCUGUUUCAGCUCCUCAGAUGUGAUGAUAAUUGGCUGCUUUUCGUAGUCAUAUUGUAAGCUGAGGCGUUUGGACUACAUUUCCCCCUAUUUUCUGAUAUUUUUAUAGUCCAACAGUUAAUUAAUUAAGAUCAAGAAAUCAAGAAAACAAAUAGCAGAUUAAGUGGUUCACGUGUGUGUGUGUGUGUGUGUGUGUGUGUGUGUGUGUGUGUGUGUGUGUGUGUGUGUGUGUGUGUGUGUGUGUGUGUGUGUGAACAUGCAAGAGGCUGCUUUGCUCCCUGCGUCUUUUAAUGUCGGAUCUUAAGGGUCUCUGCUGCUGUUUGGCAUAAAUAUGAAUAAGGCAUCAAUGUUUUAACAGUCAGGUCUGCUCUGGAGCUCGACAAACACUCACAUGAAACACUGUUCUCUCCUCAGGAUGGAGGCCCUGUUAAAUGAGUGGCUUUGGCGGGAGGAGUACUGGCUUCCUCCUGGCGUCCGCUGGCAGGACAUUGAGAUGAAGGAAGACGAGGGUCGCUUCCCUCUACCCAGGGAUCUCAUCUACACCUUGCCACUGGCCUUCGCCUUUAUAGCCCUCAGAAUUGUCUUUGAGAGGCUCAUCGCCGUCCCAUUAAGCAAACAUUUUGAUGUGAAGGACCGGAUUAGGAUUCAAGCCGCUUCCAUCCCAAAGCUGGAGACCUUCUACAAACAGAACAGUGCGCAACCAUCGCAAAGUGAGGUGGUGAGCUUGGGUAAGCAAUGUGGACUUUCCCAGAGAAAGAUCCAGACCUGGUUCAGACACAGAAGGCACCAGGACCGACCCAGCAACACCAAAAAGUUCUGCGAGGCCUUCUGGCGUUUUGUCUUCUACCUCGUAUCGUUCACUGCAGGGCUCGGCUCUUUAAUUAAUACUCCGUGGUUCUGGGAUCACAGAGAGUGUUGGAGGGGUUAUCCCAAGCAGCCCGUGGCCGAGGCUCAUUACUGGUAUUACAUGUUGGAAAUGGGCUUCUAUUUGUCGCUGCUUCUGUGCGUCUCUGUGGACAUCAAGCGAAAAGACUUCAAGGAGCAGGUCGUUCAUCACAUCACCACCAUAUUCCUCAUCGGUUUCUCCUACUGUGCCAACUAUGUGAGGGUUGGCACUCUGGUGAUGCUGGUGCACGAUUCUUCUGACUUCCUUCUCGAGUCUGCCAAGAUGCUUCACUAUGCUGGCUGGACGAAGACGUGCGACUCGCUGUUUGUCAUCUUCUCUCUGGUCUUCCUGGUGACGAGGCUGGUGGUGUUUCCUUGCAGAGUGGUCCACACAACCUUGGUGGUGUCUGUAGAAUUCUUCCAGCCCUUCUUUGGUUAUUAUUUCUUCAACGCCCUUCUGUUAGUGCUGCAAGCAUUGCACAUCUUCUGGGCUAAUCUCAUCCUGCGCAUGGUCUACAAAUUUGUGUUCCUGGGCAAGGUAGAGCGUGAUGAACGUAGCGAUGAGGAAAGUGAGGUGGAUGAUGAAGAGGAGGAGCCUGAGGAAGAAGGGGACGAGUGCAGCUGGGAGCAAAGAAAGGGUGCAAUCAACUCCAAACUGGCAUCGCUGGCUAACAACUGUGUCCUGAACAACCUGACCAACCAGAGGAAUAUAAACAGCAGACUGCCCAAAGCCAGAUAGUGGAGCAACCUCCUUACAUGUCGACCGAGCCUUUUCAGAAGAUUGUAUUAUUUACCCUUUCCGCCUAUUGGUGAUAAACUCAUUUCUGACAUAUGAUACAUCCACAUGGCUUGUGUACAUCCCACGGAGUCCACUGAUGAUUUCAGACAAGAGUUGGUCUGCAUCCUGCCUAUCUUCAAAAAAAGAAGGUGAAGAAGCACAGAU